GAGAGUUUCAUAGUCUUUACUCUAAAACCACGUAUGAGCAAACCAAAUUGAACGACCAAACAAUUUCAGGCAUUUUUGCUGCUUCUGGAAAUAAUAUAUCUAUUGAGUCAACAAAGAUCAGAUCAAAGCUGAACUAUAAAAAUGGCGAUUUCUACAUUACUCUCAAUCUCUUCUUUCACUCUAUCUUCUUCCUCAUCAACAAAAACCCAUCUCCUUACUUCAAUACCUGCUUCAAGGGUUUAUUCUUAUCCAAUUUCACCCAAAUGGAAGCAAAUUCGUUUCCUGCAGAGUCAAAGUUCCAGUCUUUUCUAUCCAUUACGCCGCAAUUUCACCAGAUUCUGUUCUUCUCCAGAUGGGUUUCUCAGAAACACCAAAGACGACGAAGAAGGAAACGAAAUCAUUCAGCUUCCGUCUAUUGGUGUAAACCCUGUGAAAUUCGCGAUUUGCGUUGUGUUGUGGGCUUCUUUCUCUCUGCUUUGGUUUGCUAGGUCUGGAGAUGCCAAAGCUGCGACUGAUUCUAUCAAAUCUUCGAGCUUUGGUCUCAGAAUCGCCUCCACUCUUCGCCGUUUUGGUUGGCCAGACGAAGCUGUUGUGUUUGCUUUAGCUACUCUUCCGGUUAUUGAACUCCGUGGUGCCAUUCCUGUUGGUUAUUGGAUGCAACUAAAACCGGUGGUUCUCACUUCCUUCUCUGUUCUUGGCAAUAUGGUUCCAGUUCCAUUCAUCGUACUUUACCUCAAAACGUUUGCAUCUUUUGUGGCGGGUAAGAGCCAAACAGCUUCUAAAUUACUUGAUAUCUUGUUUAAAAGAGCUAAAGAGAAAGCUGGACCUGUGGAAGAGUUCAAAUGGUUAGGGCUAAUGCUCUUUGUAGCUGUUCCAUUCCCUGGAACCGGUGCUUGGACAGGAGCUAUAAUAGCAUCAAUCCUCGACAUGCCGUUUUGGUCUGCUGUUUCGUCUAAUUUCUGCGGUGUAGUGUUGGCUGGACUGUUGGUGAACUUGCUGGUAAAUCUUGGUUUGAAACAAGCCAUUGUAGCUGGUAUUGCUCUCUUCUUUGUAUCUACGUUUAUGUGGAGCGUUCUCAGAAACAUUAGGAAGUCUAUAAAACCAUCGUUGCCUUGAAUUCGUUAUUAGAUACUUAGAUGUAGAAGAAAGAGUUCUUCACACUAUUGGUUCUUUUUUUCUUCAACUGUUAAUAAUGUUUUUAAGGGAUUUGUGUUGGUCUUAAUUUCCUCAAUUCACUCUUCUCAUAAAUCCCUUAUUGUGAUAUACAAAUAAUGCAAUUUAUCAUUACUCAUUUUAUAAUAUGGAAAC